AUGUCGACAUUUGGUACUAUAUUUCAGGUGACAACUUUUGGUUUGGAUCGUCGUAAACCAGGGCAAUCAAAAUUGACAACACCGCGUAAAGAACAAGAUUUAGUUAAAAUAUUAUCUGGUACAGAGGCAAAUUUAACACUAGGGACACCAAUUUGUCUCGUUGUUCAGAAUCAGGACUUCACACCAGCAGAUUAUGCUAAUAUGCUCGAUAUACCACGUUCAUCACAUGCUGACUGUACUUAUCAGAAGAAAUAUGGCAUUCGUCAUCCUCCGGCGGAGGAAGAUCAAGUGCAAGAGAAACCAUCGGACGAGUUGCAUGCAGCUGGAGCUAUUGCUGAAAAAUGGUUAUAUGAGAAGUAUGGAAUAGAAAUUGUUGCUUAUGUAAGUGGCAUUGGACAAAUUCAAAUACCAACGGAAACCGAAGCAUUACUCAAACAGUCGAUGCUAAAAAGUUCAGAAGUAGAUCAAAGUUUAGUGCGUUGUCCAGAUGAGAAAACGGCAGAAUUAAUGAUUCAUGAAAUAGAAGCAGCCUUAAAUGACCAAGAUUCAGUUGGUGGUAUCAUAACAUGUGUGUGUCGAAACAUUCUUCCUGGUAUUGGUAUCGUAGUAUUCGAUGAAUUAGAAGCCAUGCUAGCACAUGCUAUGCUUUCUAUGCCAGCCACUAAAGAUACUUACAGUUUCAAUAGCCUGUCCCAUGAGUUUCGAUAA